AUGUUGCUUGAGUGCUACGAUCGAGAUAUUUCGUAUGGAAUACUUGUGAAUGUCCAGGCCGGAUUCGAAGAUGUGCUGAUGUUGGGUCGAUUUGUCGAGAAGCUUUCAAGUGUUGCCGGCUAUCAACAGGUACGCGUUGACGAAGGCAAUUUUUCGGCAAUGAUGUCAGGGGGUUUGGAACACGAAGAUGACACUGGCGAAGAGGACUUUGACGAGUAUGACACCGACGAAGAAGACGUUGACGAAUCCAAGGAGUUUGGUUCGAAAUCGGAAGCGAAGAUGAAUGUGCAACGUCCUCGUCCAAUCUUGAUGUUUGUCGAAGAACGGGGCAACCCUCCCGCCAACCCUAUCGACUUCCACUUCCCUGCUGGUGGCACAUACUUCGAGAUCACCGACCCUCGAGACAACGUCUGCUAUCGAUUUGCUCACACUCAGCCAGUGAAUAAUCGCACGUAUGAAUCGUUUCCGCGAGACUUCGGUACAACUACAAGGGGUGCAAGAUUCAAAUAUCUCUUGCAUAAUGUGAUGAUGCAGAGUCCACCAAACCCGAUCAACACCCACCGUCAUUUUAAGCAGCAUCAGAGUGGACAGUUGCCUCUCACCGUGUUUGUGGAUCUCGCCGAGGUCGAUGUAGCAACUAUACGCCAAUUUAACCAGUUUCGGCACGGUCAUGGUGAAGGCGGUUUUGCAAAGGUGCAUCGAGCUCGCAAUGACGAAGGAUUGACAGUAGCUUUGAAGUACGAGGUUCCAUCGUGUGCCUGGGAAGCCUACAUUUCGCAAGCCGUCCACAAUCGCGUUUCCACGGAGAUCAGCCUCGCCAUCAUGAAGAUCGACGACAUUGGUCGCGCCGGAACACAAUGCUUCGAUUGUCCUGAAAUGCUGAAUGAUCGUCCUUGGACUUAUCAGACGGAUCACUUCUCUUUCGCUGCAUCUCUCCAUGUAGGAAUCUUCAAGACGUACGGAAAGGUCGUCGAGGAUUCGAAUGGUUUCAUGUUUGAGAAACCACUUCCUAGGCGCCGUCCAAAAGCUCCGUACAUUCGUGGUGUCAUGUCUCAAAUGCUCAGCAUUCCAUCGUGCGAAGCCAUUUCUUCU